GUCCACCGCCCCCGCGCACGGGGUGAGGAGGAAGGAGGUGCGGCGGGCCCCCCAGCCGCAGCGGUUGCUGGGUAACGGGGGAGCGAGCGAACCUGGGGCGCUGUAAGUGGGCCUGAGGGAGCAGGAGGUGGUAGGGACAUGGGGCAGCGCGACCUCCAUUCAUGCCCCCGCGAGGCAGGGAGCGGCUCUGGCCGGGCGCCAGGCCCCAUGCGAACCGCCAGGGAGCCCCUGGGGGCUGCGCCUUAGGACACCCCCCAGCCAGUCAGUCAGUCACUUGCCUGUUGGGAACCCUGCCCCCCGUCACCCACCUUUUUCUGCUCUCCCGGUACUGGGGUCGGCUGCCUCCGUAGCUCCCUGCCCCGGGCUCGUAGCCUGGUGUGACUCGCUCCUAGCCGAGCGACCCUCUUUCGGGGCCAGCAGCGAGCGGAUUAUUCGUGCCCCGGCCUGUCCCGCUGUGCAUUCCCCCUCCACGGGCAGACGGGAGAAGCUGGUUACUUACCCUGCUGUUUCUAGUCAUUUUCAUCAAGUGGCUGUCCUGCCCUUUGCACAGAGCAGCAAACCCUGCAGAGGAAAGUUUAAAUCUACAUAGCUGAUAACAAAGCAGGAGAAACUUGCGUAAUGGCAGAAACUACUGCCUCCCCCCUGAAACACUUUGUGCUGGCUAAAAAGACAAUUACUACUAUCUUUAACCAAUUGCUGGAUUAUGUCACUGAAGGAUCAAGUUUUGUUGAAGCAACAUAUAGGAACCCAGAACUUGAAUAUGUAGCAACUAAAGAAGAACUGGUGAAAAUACAGGCAUAUAAAAACAAAUUGGCAGACAUCGGUGAGGUGCUUUCACGGAGACACAUGAAAGUUGCAUUUUUUGGCAGAACAAGCAGUGGAAAGAGUUCUGUCAUUAAUGCAAUGUUGUGGGAUAAGGUCCUUCCUAGUGGGAUUGGUCACACAACGAAUUGCUUUCUCAGUGUAGAAGGAACAGAUGGUGAUAAGGCUUAUCUCAUGACUGAAGGAUCAGAUGAAAAGAAGAGUGUCAAGACUGUUAAUCAACUUGCCCAUGCGCUUCAUAUGGAUAAAGAUUUGGAAGCUGGCUGUCUUGUCCAUGUCUUUUGGCCCAAGGCAAAGUGUGCUCUCCUGAGAGAUGACUUGGUUUUGGUGGACAGCCCUGGUACAGAUGUCACUACAGAGCUAGACACCUGGAUUGACAAAUUUUGUUUAGAUGCUGAUGUCUUUGUCUUGGUUGCUAAUUCAGAAUCAACUCUCAUGAAUACGGAAAAGCACUUUUUUCACAAAGUAAAUGAACGACUUUCCAAGCCGAACAUCUUCAUCCUGAAUAAUCGUUGGGAUGCGUCUGCAUCAGAGCCUGAAUAUAUGGAAGAUGUGCGCAGGCAGCACAUGGAGCGCUGUCUGACCUUCCUAGUUGAUGAGCUCAAAGUCGUUGAUCUCUCAGAAGCACAGAACCGCAUCUUUUUUGUUUCAGCCAAGGAAGUUCUUAGUGCUAGAAAGCAGAAGGCCCAAGGGAUGCCAGAGAGUGGUGGUGCACUAGCUGAAGGAUUUCAGACAAGAUUUCAGGAAUUCCAGAAUUUUGAGCAAAUAUUUGAGGAGUGUAUCUCGCAGUCAGCCGUGAAAACCAAGUUUGAACAGCACACUAUCAGAGCUAAACAGAUAAUAGAUACUGUGAAAAACAUUAUGGACGCCAUAAAUGUGGCAGCAGCAGAAAAAAGAGUUCAUUCAAUGGAAGAGCGAGAGGACCAGAAAGAUAGGUUAGAAUUUGUUCGAAACCAACUGAACAUUUUAACAGAGGAUAUUAAGAAAAAAAUCAAACAGGUUACUGAGGAAGUAGAGAACAAGGUUUCUUCUGCGAUGACUGAUGAGAUUUGUCGACUCUCUGUUUUGGUUGAUGAAUUUUAUUCUGAUUUUCACCCUUCUUCACAAGUAUUGAAGCUGUAUAAAAGUGAGCUCAACAAGCACAUAGAAGAUGGUUUGGGAAAAAACCUGGCUGACCGUUGCUCCGCUGAAGUCAAUCAGUCAAUGCAUCAGUCACAGCAGGAAAUGAUUGAAAAUCUGACGCCAUUAUUACCUUCUGGUGUUCAGAAUCAGCUUCAGUUGCUAAUUCCAUGCAGGAAGUUUGACCUCAGUUACGAUUUGAACUGUCACAGUCUGUGUUCAGAUUUUCAAGAGGAUAUCACGUUCCGCUUUUCCCUGGGGUGGACCACCCUUGUAAACCGCUUCCUAGGCCCAAAGAAUGCUCAUAGAGUGCUACUCGGGCUGGCAGAUCCAACCUCACAGAUCCCUCGUCCUUUAGCUUCCACCCCCUCUGCCACCUGUCUUCCUGCCGUAACUCCAGAGAACAUAUCACAGGAGGAACUCAUGGUUUCUUUGGUAACGAGUUUAGCUUCACUAACAUCACGGACAUCUAUGAGCAUCAUCAUCGUUGGAGGAGUGGUUUGGAGAACUGUAGGCUGGAAACUCAUCUGUCUUUCCCUAAGCAUGUAUGGAGUAUUGUAUCUCUAUGAGAGACUAACCUGGACAACUAAGGCAAAAGAGAGAGCCUUUAAACAGCAGUUUGUAAACUAUGCUACUGAAAAAUUGCAGAUGAUUGUCAGUUUUACUAGUGCAAAUUGCAGCCAUCAAGUGCAACAAGAAAUGGCCACUACCUUUGCUAGACUGUGUCAGCAAGUCGACGUUACUCAGAAAAACCUGGAAGAAGAAAUUGCUAGGCUGUCCAAAGAAAUAGAUCAGUUAGAGAAAAUACAGAGUAACUCAAAGCACCUAAGAAACAAAGCCCUUCACCUUGAAAACGAGCUGGAUGUUUUUACAAAGCAUUUUCUUCAGCAGAAUAAAUAGACCAAUUUCUUUUCAGUGCUGGCUUCCUUGGGUAACGGCCUGUAGGACACAAUUAUAGAAUGACACAUUGCUCCCCUGUGGAGUCACAUGAAAUGACUUAUAUUUUUAAAAGUACCUUGAUUAUACUUGUCAGAUACUGUAACGUCCAGUUCACAUUUUUGCAAUGAACUGUAUCUCAAAGCUCUGGUAAAGAGAAAUUUUGCAAGAGCAAAAUGAUAAUUUAUAUUUACUGAAAAAUACCGAAUUUAUUCUUCUGGAGACUUAAAAUAAAAAAAAUAAACCCUG